AUGGCUUCGGGGGAGGAGUCGCGGGCCACUCGCGUCUGGCUGCAGAAGCAAUUUCGCACGAGUGGCCUGCAGCUGGAUCCGGGAGCCCUUUCAUACCUGGUGGACGCCGUGCAGGGGCUCCAUGAUCCUGAGGAGUACAUCCACCGCAUCAUGGACGAGGCAUCUGCCGGGGCCCAGCGGCGCCUGACCCUGGAGUCCCUGGAGGGCCUCGUCCGCCGCCUGGACGGCGCCAGGGCCCAGACCAGCGGGACGCAGGUCAUUCCUGCUUUCCAGACGCCCGUGCUGGAGUACGAUCCCAUCCGCAAACAGUUUCACGCCAGCCCCGCCCCGCCGCGCUUGUUUCCGGAGGCCAAGUCCAAGAUCGCGCUGUACGUGAACCGAUACCACCUCGUGCAUCAGCGCCUGAGACGCAACCGGCUGUUCAGGCCGACGCACUGGGCGGGUGUGGCGGGGGCCCAGGGCCAGGAGUGCGAGCUGACCGAGCUCAAGGCGCUCCUGGGGCUGGUGGGCCAGUCCAAGUAUGUGCUGGGCUUCCUCAGCCAGCCACGGGAGGGGGAGUAUGCGCUGGAGGACCUCUCCGCCCGCCUCCCCCUUGACAUACAGGAUGCAGAGCGCACGCCCGGGCUCUUCACGGAAAACUCGAUCGUGGUGGCAGAGGGCCAGCUCCAGCCCAGCGGCCGCUUCAAGGCCGUGGCGCUGGGCACUGCCCCCCCCGGAGGCCUGGUCACCUUUGGUGGCAGCGAGCCGGAUGCCAAGGAGGCCGCCGCCUGGGACGCCAGCCACCCUGACGAUGCCACGCUCCUCCUCUCAGACGUGUGGCUGGACGAUGCCUGCGCCAUGGCGAAUCUGGAGGCCCUGCUGGCGACGCUGGCCGAGGCAGACGCCUCGAGCCAGCCCCCGCCCAGCCUCAUCGUCCUCUGCGGCGACUUCCUGUCCCCCGCAGGGCGCAGGGCGGUCGAAAAGUCCACCCUGGUCUUGGUCCCCGGGCCCGAGGAUGUGGGGCUGGGGCGUGCCCUGCCACACCCCGGCCUGCCCCGAGCCGUGCUCCAGGGUCUGCUGUCAGCCGCCCCAAACACGAUAGUGGGGAGCAACCCGUGCAGGCUGAGGCAUGGCAGCUGCGAGCUGGUGGUGCUGCGCUCGAACCUGCAGUGCCUGCUGCGGGGCACCGCAGUGGUACCCCCCAUGCCCGGCAGUACCCCUUUCCAGCAUGCCGUGGCCAGCGUGGCCCAGCAGAGCCAUCUCUGCCCAGUGCCCCUGGAGGUGCAGCCUAUACACUGGGAGCACGACAGGGCCCUGUGGCUGUACCCGCUGCCACACGCGCUCUUCCUGGCAGACUCAGCCCCGGCGGGGCACCACGUCUACGAUUCAUGUGUCAGCCUGAACCCGGGUUCGCUGGUGCAAGGGACCUACUGCUCCUUCAACCCCGUCACGCGCCUCGGCAAGGUCUGCUCCGUCCAGGGGAAGGGGGAGUGGCAGAGUCAGGAGGCUGCUGUUGAGAUGGACUGA